GCAUAUAGAUCUUUCGUACCCGCUUCAAGUACCGACAGAAUGGAACCACCCUUUCCGCUCGGGAAAUACAAUACGGUAUGUGUUGUUGCGGGGUAGGGAACACCUCAGUGGGGCCGGCAAAGACAACACUGUGAUCGGGCCGGCUUUCGGAGACAACGGACAACGACGGGACAACGGCUUGCCGAAGGAAAGCUGAUAAGAACACCUUUCCCCUUCUCAUUUCAUGUUCACUCUACAAUAAAGCAUCUCCAAAUCACACACCGUUCACCACUCCCGAACACGGCCGUCACAAUGCCAGCGCCGAUCAAGAUCGCAGUCCUCGACGACUACCAGGGGAUCUCGGAGCCCAAGUUCAAGAGCCUGGACCCUGCCAAGUACGAAGUGACCUUCUUCAAGGACACCCUCCUCCCCUACAACCACCCAGACACGCCGCAGGAGGUGAAAGACAAAUUAGCUGCCCGACUCGAGCCGUUCACAGUCAUCUCCACCAUGCGCGAGCGCACCCCCUUCCCACGCGAGCUGGUCGCCCGCCUGCCCAACCUCAAGCUCCUGCUCACCACGGGCAACCGCAACCUGGCGCUGGACCUGGCCGCCUUCCGCGAGCGGUCCAUCCCCGUCGCCGGCGCGGUAGACCGCGCGCACGCCGGCUCGGUCGGCUCCGUGUCCACCACCGAGCACUGCGUUGCCAUGAUCCUGGGCGCGGCGCGCAACCUCGCGCAGGACGACCUCUCGAUCAAGACCGGCGGGUGGCAGACCGUGCCGGCGGUGGGUCUUGCGGGAAAGGUGUUUGGCACGGUUGGGCUGGGGAGGUUGGGCAUGGCGGUCGCGAAGAUCAUGCACGUGGCGUUUGGCAUGCGCGUGGUGGCGUGGAGUGAGAAUCUCACGCAGGAGAAGGCCGAUGAGAAGGCUAGGGAGGCUGGGCUGGGGGUUGAUGCCGGACCGGGAGGGGACAAGACUUUCAAAGUGGUGAGCAAGGAGGAGUUGUUUAGGACGGCGGAUGUGGUGAGUGUGCAUUUAGUGCUGUCGGACCGGUCGAGAGGGGGCAUUUCGAGGAAGGAUCUGGAGUUGAUGAAGCCGACGUCUAUCUUUGUCAAUACCUCGCGGGGCCCACUGGUGGUUGAAAAGGACCUGCUGGAUGUGCUCGAGGAGGGCAGGAUUCGGAUAGCGGCGCUCGAUGUUUUUGACCUGGAGCCUCUCCCACUGGACAGUCGAUGGAGGACGACGAAAUGGGGCCGGGACGGGAGGAGUCAGGUGCUUCUGACACCACAUAUGGGCUAUGUGGAAGGGGCUACGCUGGAUGCAUGGUACGAUAUGCAGAUUGAGAAUCUCCUGCGGUGGGAAAAUGGGGAGGACUUGGUUGAGAGCCUGUAUUAGGCCAUGGCGGGACUGUCGCGCGGUGAGAAGCGCGUCCUUACAUGAAGUUUAGUCACAUCAAGUUGGUUCCAAUUGCCGCC